AUGAAUUGUGCUCUAUGGUACAUCAAUUGUAAAGGCAUCAAGAUCGCAUCCCAAAGUCUUUCUGAAUGCUUUCGUAGAGACGUGGACAGAGAAUGUACGGCUAAGCUGAUAUCGCGGUAUCGCUACCUGUGGCUUAAUCUAUCGGAACAGCUACAAUUACUUGGAAACGCUUACGCAAGAACCUACUCCACAUAUUGUCUCUUCAUGUUUGUCAAUAUAACCAUCGCAAUCUAUGGCGCAUUGUCGGAAAUCGUGGACCACGGGUUCGGUUUCAGUUUUAAAGAAAUGGGGCUGUUCGUGGACGCCGUCUACUGCUCUACGCUGUUGUUCAUCUUCGCUGACUGUUCGCACAAAUCUACCCUUAAGAUCGAUCACUUUAUUCAGGCUAUUGAAAUGAAUCCGGCAGUCGUCAGCUUAAAAGGCUACGCUCACGUCAACAGGGAACUACUGACAUCGGUAUGA